UGCUAUUGCUCUGAUUAAGGAAGGCAUCUAAACUUUAUCAAAAAAGCAAGGCAUCUAAACCUUUUAUCAAAAAAAAAAAAAAAAGGAAGGCAUCUGAACCCAGCCUAAAAUUUCCACCCGGAAUAAAAUAUAUGUUAAGAUCUAACACCAAAGCUAUUGCUCUAACACAUUGCAUUCAACAAACCACAAACUCUCUGUUUUUUCCCUUGAAGCUUUCCCUUUUCCAUCUGGCAACAAUCUUUGUUGUGCGAUUACUACCAUACCCAACCAUGGCUCUCGAACUGGUUGGUGAAGGUUUGCUUUCUGCUUCCCUUGAGCUGUUGCUUGAUAGGAUGGCUUCUCAAGAUGUCAUGGACUUCAUUCGUGGAAAGAAGCUUGAUCAAGGGCUGUUCAACAAGUUGAAGAUCAUGUUAUUGUCUGCUAACAGAGUGCUUAAUGGUGAUGAGAUGAAGCAACUCACUGAUAGAGAUGUGAGGAAAUGGCUGAACGAGCUCAAAGAUGCAAUCUACAAUGCAGAGGACUUGGUGUACGAGAUCAACACUGAAGCUCUACAAUAUGAGAUUGAAAGUCAAUCUGGAAGCCACACAUUAUUUCAGGUAUGCAACUUCUUCUCGUUUAGAAUCACUAUUAAGAAUAUAGAAGCCAAGAUUGUGGAGAUUCUAAACACCCUAGAAUUUCUUAUGGAACAAAAGAAACAUCUUGGUUUGGUAGAAGGUAGUGUUCAAACCAAACCUUUCCCAAGAUUAUCUGCAGCUACUUUGGUUGAAGAAUCUGAUAUUUAUGGGAGGGAUGCUAAUAAGGAAGCCAUCACUAAGUUGUUGCUAUCUGAAUCUGAUGAAGCAAGUGGAGGUAGCGACAGAAUAUCUAUGAUUUCCAUUGUCGGUAUGGAUGGGAUCGGUAAGACCAUGCUUGCUCAAUCUGUUUACAGGACUAUUGGUGAUAGGAUCAUGACCAAACCCUUUGACAUCAAAGCUUGGAUUACGGUGUCAGAAGAAUCUGAUGUUUUCACAUUAACAAAAGCAAUUUAUGAGGCAUUCACUAAUUCCGAAAAUUGCACCAUCAAGGAAAAUUUUCAACUUCAACUUAAACUGAAGGUUUUUUUGGAAGGGAAAAAAUUUCUCUUAGUUCUCGACGAUGUUUGGAAUGUGAAUUAUAAAUGUUGGUAUGAUCUAAAGAGUUCAUUUGAAUCAGCUACACCUGGAAGUAAAAUUAUUGCAACAACACGCAUUAUAGAAAUUGCUUCAAUAAUGGCUGGGGCUCCAAAUCAAUAUCAACUAAAAGAAAUCCCAAAUGAAGAUUGUUGGAGACUAUUUGAAAAACAUGCCCUCGGCAACGUACAGCCAAGUGUUUAUCAAAAAUGGGAAAAAAUUGGUCGACAAAUUGUUCAAAAAUGCGAAGGGCUUCCUUUAGCAAUAAAAUCAGUCGGUGGUCUUUUGCGCUCAAAACAAGAUCCUAAAUAUUGGGAAAAUAUACUAAAGAAUAAUAUAUUGAAUUUGCACAGUGUGAUAUUCUUUCAGCUCUGUGGUUAA